CUUGCGUUGCCCGCCCAAGCGUGUUAUCCCGCAAGCCGGCGACGGUGUAGCCGAGUGCCGGCGCUGUGGCCGCGUCGCACUCUCCACGCGCCCUCUCCUUCCCGUUCCACUCACCGCGCAUGCGUUCAGCGCCGGGGUUACAGACAAACCACGCCGCAAUUCUUGCGUAGCGAGGACUAUAAUGCUAACGCAUUAAAAACCGUGCUCACAGAGGGUUCCUCAUGUCGUCGCAGAGAAAAGAGACGAGGUACUGGUGCGGCGCGUCACCCGGCGCGGACCGCACCUCCCUAGUGACGUCACUGCGCACGACCGGCUGCCUGUUCGUAUCAUUCAUAGCGACCCGAGCCGUGUAGCCGUGUAUUCGCCAUGAGUACGAGCGCCUCCGAUCGAAUGAACAUAAACGGUAUCCCGAAUCGUAACACGGAGGUGAGCGCGGGUGCGCGCUCACCCGUAGGUACGCGCGCAGCCUUGCGAUUUGCGGGGAGAAUACGGGUGUACACGCGGGGGUAAACUUGCAUCCACUAAGUUCCCCUUCUGGCCACCCCCGUAUUCAUUGAUUUGGGCAUUUUGCACAGUAUGCUCGAUAUUAAUAGCACACAAGUAAAACCUGAUCUAGACCACUUGAUCCAUACUGCAUUUUGGAAAAUACAGAUCUGCUUAAUAGUUAUUUCAUUGACCAGCAUCACCGAAAUAUUCAUAUUUGUCACAGCAUUAAUCAUACCAUGAGGAAACUAUGCUCUGAUCACCCUUAAACCUUUGAUUUAAUAGAAUUUCUGCUGUAACUUUACAGGAUUUUCAGUUUGCAUGCAUGGUAGAAUUUUCUUUCCUUUUGCCUUGAAUGAAUAUGUGGUAUUUGCAAUAAUCCUGAAGUGUGCUUGAUAUGUUUCAGCUCCCGAGUCUCAGGGCUUAACUUUUGUUUUUCCUCUCUACCAUCUAUACCUGCAUACCUGCCACAUCACUGCACCUGACUUCAUUCUGUUAUCCCAAUCUGGCAACAGCUCAUUGCCAUGGCAACAUCACAACAAACGUCUAUUUUAGAGCAAAGGGUGGUUGCCAUGUGAAUAUCAACAGAGUGGAUGCUUAUGGCUUCAGUUAGAAAUCUGACACAUUAGCAUGUGGACAGUUGCAGCCGUUCAUAAGAAAGCCACUGGCCCACUGGAUUCCUACGACAGCCUGAGUGACAAGCAUCUUGCUGAAUACUUCCGCAAAUGCAAUGUGAGGCGGCGUUUGGCCAGAGUAGGUGUAGUUGAAAGCUUAAAAUCGAAGCAAACAGGUUUUGUAAGCAAUUACUGUUAUUGUGGGAAAAAGGGAACAGCUUUGCCAUCUAACAAGUGCAAUAACCAAAGAUCAGGAGGUCCAGGAACAUUCAGCAGGUCUCCAAAUGCUACAGUAGGGAAGCAGAACACCAUUGUGAACUGCCAGUGCCAGACCACAUCGACAUCCAAAAGGCAUCGCUCCAUAUCUCCAUACCUGCUGCCUGUGGUGCCAUCAAAAAACCAGGCCUCUCCAGUGCUGAGAAAUGGUGAACACCUGCCAAAGCUUCCAAGCAGAUCAAACCCCACAAUACAGUGCGAGAGCAAGAUGUCUGCAAGCCGAGAGACAGCGUCUGAAAAGCGCUCCAGUGUGCCUGCGAAAACAAACUGCGAAGUGUCUCUCAUCUUCCACGGCAACCGACCAGUCCUGCAGAAGUCUUCUCAUCUGCAACAGCAGCACAUCAAGGUCCUGCAGCAACACUGCGGGGGGUCGUCACGCGUCGUGUUCAAUGGCAACGUCACGAGGGGCGCGACCUUCCAGUUUGCUUCGCAGCGACAUUGUGGUUAUGCUUUUAGUGUGGUGAUAUUUGUCGAUCAACUGAAGGACAUUCAACUGAGCAGUUGCUGCGAGUACAGGUAUGCAAAAGGAAGUCGUCUCGGAGGUUCACAGGGUCACUUUUCGCUCGCUAAUGUGAGCGGAGGAAAUCCAUGCUACAAGUGUCAGCUUGAGGGUCGGAUGGGGUCGCUCAGUCAAACUCCAGACCUGGUUCCGAAAGGAGCUCUGGAGGCGAUGGGACGGGACUUAGCGCAGAGAAAAUCAUCAAAGAUGCAAGAGAAGGAGGCUGUGAAGCCAGUAGUCGCCGAUGCAAUUGAACAGAGCACGAGCAGGAACGAUGAGGACCGGUUUGUCUCGGAGAAGACAGUAAAGCACGAACAAUCGUCGUCCUCAAAUGAGGACCAAGGAGAUGACGAGGAGGAUUAUGAUAACUAUGGAUCUGAAGAUAAUGGUUCACAGCACGAAUCUGGAUCUGACGUAGAGUGUGAAACGGGGGAUGAAAGUAACCAACCCGGAACCAAGCAUGAAGAUGUGGUUAACGACGAUCCAAAACUCAGUUCCCUAGAUCACGCCGUGCCACUGACGAACCAGUCGGGUGCUAGAAUGAGCAAAGCCGAGGCAUAUGACUCGGAAACAAUUCAGGCGAGCGAGCAACCCAGCAAUGGCACGGCGGAAGAGAAUGAAGGCAGUUGGUCGCCCUCCGCGAGUGAUGACUCCCUGAAGUAUGCCGAUACAGCAGAGCUGCCACUGAACACUCAGAAGCUGAAAAUUGAAGAGGCCGUUGAAGGAAAGAAUGUUGGCAAAUGUGCCCAAGAGCAUGCAACGGCGGUGCACGACAGUGAAGUGCAAGAAAGCCCAAUACAGUCGACGGCAUACUUUGUCCAGGACAAGAAGAACCAAUGGGGUUCUGAAACGGGGCGAGGGGAAAGCUUUUCAUCCGAUGAAGAUGUGCAUGAAGCUGUGGUAACAGUUGUGACGGCAGAUGUGCACGCCAGUCCUUGAAUGAUGAAGAAAUAUGUGAUGAUGUGUAUGUAUAUUUUAGACAUAGCCAGGGUGCUACGCUACCUUUGCUGCAUUACGAACUUAUAGAGCAGGAAACACAAGGUUACAGUUGAGAGACUGAAAGGGGCAGCCUGUCAUCGAAUUAAACUACGAAAUUCCAGACAGCGGAAGUAGUCUGAAAAUAUACUACAGUUAACGUUGGCAUUAGGUAGUGACAGUGUCAAAUACAAGUGCAAUAAAGUGGAUAACAAAGUGUAUUAUGUAACCAAGUGUAUGCUAAGGGAAAAGCCUCAAGACAAGAGUCACCAAUAUU